GGCGCAUCGAAACAAACAAUGGCUGGCGACUGGAUCUUUGUUAAAUUCUACAAGAACAGAAUUCCAACUGCAUAAGAAAGACGUAUUAAAGGAUAUUAUUUGUGAUUGAAAUAGUUCAUCAGUUAAAUCUAAAUAAUGGCGGAAGGAGUUAUACUGCAAUCUGCACACCAUCAUCAGCCAGUAGCCUCACAGAUGAUGCCACUGCAGGAACCAGCAGUUGCGGAGGCCCCAGUUGAGGUGGAGGUUAACCUGGACAUCAGCAUCAGUAACGUUGUGUGCAGCUUUGGAACCAAGUGCCACCUUAACCUGAAGAAGAUCGCGAUGGAAGGGUCCAAUGUAGAAUACCACAGGCAGCAUGGUAUGCUGAACAUGAGAAUCCGUCGUCCCAGGACAACAGCGAGCGUGUGGUCCUCAGGGAAAAUUACCUGUACAGGAGCCAUGAGUGAAGAAGAUGCAAAGAUAGCAGCACGCAGGUUUGCCCGAAAGAUACAGAAGAUGGGCUACAAAGUCAAGUUUACCAACUUCCGUGUAGUGAAUGUGCUGGGCACAUGUUCACUUCCAUUCUGUCUCAACAUUGACAAGUUCUCCAGGGAACACAAGGAAGCCAGUUAUGAACCGGAGCUUCACCCUGGGGUAACAUACAAAAUAAAGGAUCCCAAGGCCACAUUGAAGAUAUUUUCUACUGGUAGUAUUACUGUCACAGCUCCUAGAGUGUCGAACGUCCAGUCAGCUAUAGAGUACAUUUAUCCGCUAGUGGUAGACUUUAACGCUGGGCCAAGACCUGAGAAACUUAUAAACCCUGAACAACUUCUGAACAAGCACAAGAGACUGGCAAACCGUGUUCAUGUGUCACAAGAUGAAAUAGACCAAUAUGAAGAUUCAGAGUUUGACUCAGAGUUGGAAGAAAGUGACUUUGAUAGUGAGGAGAGCCAAGACUGAAGGAAUCUGGGAUACCGGUACAACAAUGUGAUUCUGUGUUUAAAAUAGUUAGACUGAAAUAAAGAGGAUUGAAAUUCUUUACUUAAGUUCAUAACAUAAAUACUGAAGUGAAAUUAAAGAGAGUAUAGUUCAUGACUGCUGUACAGAAUUCAGACUGCUAUAAAGUGAAGAAUGGAUGUGAUGUUCUGGAAUGCAAUUCAAAGAAUGUGCUUUGAAACCUUGUAUUAACUUAUCACAGUAUAACUUACAUAUAUUUGAAGUUGUAAACCACCAAGGCAUUUCAAGUUUUAUCUAGUUAGUAUUUUUUAUAUGAGAUCUGUGUUUUUUAGGCAUUAUUUUGUAAAACAAGCAUGCCCCUUAUGUUCCUGUAAAAUUGUUUUUCAAUAAGAAUAUCACAAUGUAUGAGGAUAUUGUUAAUGGUACAUUGUAUUUUAUAUAGAUUUUGCUGUCUACUCAGAUGUACAUGUGCUUGCAUUAUUGUGUCAUGGAUUGUUUAAAAGCAAUUCAGUUGAAAAUUGAAAUCCCAAUUUAAUAAUUUCUGUGAAGAUUUACUACGUAUGUGUUUGUUGUUGUCUGUUAUAUUUGAUAUUUUACGGAGAUUACAAUGUCAUAACUAUAUGCAAGAUGAGGAAAUGUAUUGGUGCAAGUCGGCUAAGAAGCCCAAGAAGAAAUAAAUGUUACCUUGGAAUGACUUGUUCAAUAAAAGAAACAAAGAAA